UUGAAUUUGAGAGAUCGCCGACGGCUUGCUCGUGCUGUCUUUGUUUAAUAACAUUUCAUUGUGCUUUUACAAAUACACAGGAUUUGUCCCGAAGAGGAUUUCUAACUCCAGAACAUCAAUGGACAGGGAAUCCUCGCUGCGCUGUUUACGAUGUAAGAAGGUUUGCACAGGAGAAUCGCUGCGAGUCAACGAUCAGCUCUUUCAUGCCGACUGCCUCGUUUGCUUGGUUUGCGGCAAGGAUUUGGCAAAUAUAGGUUUUUUUGUGCAAAGCAACCAGUAUUACUGUCCAGAAGACUUCCAGGAACGUUUUGGUACAAAAUGCUUCAUUUGUCAUCUGUUUGUGGAAGGAGAAGGAAUUAACGUUGGCAACAAUGCAUAUCAUGUACGAUGCUUUGUUUGUACUGGUUGCAGAAAUCCAUUUCCUCCAGGUGAGAAAGUUGUUGCAAAAGGCAACCAUUACCUCUGCCAGCAGUGUAGCACUGCAAAGGAAAUAAACGAUGAUUCAAGAGGACACAAACUGGAUAGGUGUGCAGGCUGCGAGGAAGAUAUUCGCAGUGGCCAGUCGUUGUUAGCCCUGGAGAAACAGUGGCAUCUUUGGUGUUUUACAUGUACAAAAUGUGGUUGCCUGCUGGCUGGAGAGUACAUGGGCAGGGAUGGAAAACCUUACUGUGAGAAAGAUUAUCAAGCAGAGUUUGGUGUGACUUGUGCUGGCUGUGGUGGAUAUAUCAUUGGAAAGGUCCUACAGGCUGGUGAAAAACAUUAUCACCCUCAGUGUUCACGCUGCGCAAGGUGUCAUGGAGUGUUUGGUGAGGGACAAGAGAUGUUUCUGCAAGGAUCUGAAAUUUGGCAUCCAGAUUGUAGUUAUGCAGCAGCGCAGAAUGGUGAACUGGAAACAGACUCUGGAGGUCUACGCAAUGGAUAUCAGUAUCCUGAAGAGGAAGCUCCCCGUCCCCCCCCUCCCACAAGAACUUCAGCAAGUCGCGUAUCAGACUGGAAAGUGAAGUACACGCCUCUGAAAGAAGAACAAACUUACAAGCCAGCGGCGACUUGGAGAGUAGAGCAGGAGGAACAAUCUCGCUAUCAGUCAAGUCAUACCUCAAACAAAGACACUGGAGCCUAUAACAGCGGUUCAUACAGAGAGAUUACUGCCAGGCAAGAGGCAAGUCUGAAUGAAUCACCUCGAGGGAUAGGUUCGCAAGACUCGUUAGAUAUGGAAGAAUUUGAAAGAAGUGUCGACAAAAAACCCCAGAUUUACGCUUACAAGGAUCUCAAAACAACAAACUACAAGUUGCCACGAGGAGCGGACAAGACGAAACUCGAGUCGUAUCUCUCCGAUGAGGAAUUCCGUGAAGUGUUUUCAAUGUCGAGAGAAGAGUUCUACAAGCUGGCAGCUUGGAAACAAGUGUCUCGCAAGAAAGAAGUUCUAUUAUUUUAGAUAUGGUUCGUUUACAAGACAAUUUAUUUUAUACGUCACAGCUUCUAAGCCGUAUUCUCCACGUGAGCAGGCUUCAAUCGAUUGUCGGAAAUAAUCCGACACUGCAUUGGGUUUGCUUCGUAUCGCCACUUGAUUGGUCCAGAAAAGAUUGCGCCACGCUUUAGACCAAUCAGGGGAAAAACGAAAAAACCAUCGCGGCCUCCCUGGCUGCGUUUUCUCGCGCUUAGGCCGGUUACAAGGUUCAAUUCUUUGUUUUGAUUGGCCGUUAGCUUUACUUUGAUUUUGGUUUUUUUAAGAGUCGAUCCAGUGAGAAACCUUUAAACUGGAAUGAAAGAUUUUAAGGUGCGAUAUGAACUGGGAGGAAAUUUUCUUUCAACCAGGAGUUUUUCUUUGACUAUUUUUAGCAAAUUGCUUUACCCUAGAUGAGUUACUCUUUUAACUAAAAACCAGAUGUCUCUUGGAGCUAUUUGUUUUUUACUCUUGAAUCAAGAUCUACAACUUUCCUCUCUUGAACUGAAGCGCUUACUUUAACCCGUGGCGAAUGAUUUCAGGGAAAUGACCAGGAGCUUAAACAUUCUGCGUUUACAAAUAGGCAAGGUGACAAUUGCUUGGUCAGCGAAACUUGUUUUAAAGAGUCAUCUGCCAAAAUGCUUCGUUGAAGCACUCGUCAAGUGUCAGACCUUUGUUCUAAUUGAGAACGGCGCGAGAACUCAGUUAUUACGUCAACAAAAUAGUACAACAGUCUGUGCAAAAAUCACAGGCUCAUUUGCCAGUUUCCCGACUUGAAAAUGAAAGUUCGGACAGUCGCAUCUAAAUAUUAAGGCUGGUAGUCAAUCGGUGGCGAUAGUCCAAUCAGAUGCACAUCUACACGAAUUUCAGUUGAAGAAAGAUAUGAAAAACUUAAUGGAGAUACAUAAAAAGAAUUUUCUUUUCAGUAAUGAAGAUUGUGAAUCAUAACAGAUCAGAUUUGAAAUUGAAAAAAGGUUACCUACAAAUAGUGGUCGGUACUAGUUGGGAUAUAUUUUAUAUAGUUCGUGAGCUGGUGAAGAGGUCAAGAAAUCAUUCUUCAAAAUGGUGGUUGAAAUUAAAUACGUAUCCAAUCUUUACAAAUGUAUGUAUAACAGGAACAAUGGCCGCCAACACCCCUAGCCACUUAGCAUGCGUUUACAGACCUACUUCUCUUCUCUCUGUUACAUCCGUAAACGAGUCUGUCGCGUAGGCUACCAGCCGCAGAAAUGUCUGUGAGUUUUGAAAUAAAAAUUGAUUUAUCUUAACAUCUUUCUUGAUAAAAGUGUGUAAGUUUGACGAUUUGAAGCGCAUUUGAAGGUUGUACAACAAAUAUCCCGUUUGGUCUUAAUGAACGCUUACAAUUUCGGUCGCCAUAUCUGAAGAGUGAUCGAACUCUUUCUAAUCAAAUUUAAUUUGGUUAUUUACGUGAAACUUUUGUUGAUUUAACGUGUUACAAAAAUGAUUCCAAUUCUAAACACUUUGUGCCAUUUCGUUCGAGUGAACUAUUUCCCUCUGAGUACGCCAUAACGCCAUGUAUCUUUUAUUCGAGAUUGUAAUAAUUUGUAAUUUCAAAAUUUCUACAAAUGCUUCACCGCUACUGUUUGUGUUGCCUAUCCAGCGAGAUUCUAGAGAUUUUUAGUUUGGAAAGUUUUAAAGUAAAGCAGUAUAUUUAUGUAAUUUUGGGAAAUUUGUAAUUGAAUAAAUAUAUCAUUGAAAUUUAGCUCUAACUCAAUAGUAGGAAUAAAAGAAUUACAAUUUAUGCUCAGCAAGAAAUUCGUAUCAUAUCUUUGAAUCAGUUGGAACUAAUAACACAGAGGUAGUUACAAAGGAAUAAUUUUAACACAUUCAAUCAUUUUACCGUUGUAGCUCUACAACUGAUUUAAUAAAGAGUGCAAUAAAGUUGAAUGAAUACAAUCGAA